CCGUGUCCAUCAAAUUUCUUUCUACCCAGGUCGACCAUAUUGAUACAACAUGCCCAAGAUUCUUGUCACAGGUGGCACGGGCUUCGUUGCUGGGCAUGUCAUUGACGUGCUCCUCAAGCGUGGCCAUAGUGUUGUAACGACAGUCCGCUCGCAAGAGAAAGUACAGUUGAUUCGUAGUGCGUUCCAAGAAGUCGAUCAAGAGAGGCUUGCUAUCGCUAUCGUCCCCGAUAUAGCAUCGAAUGACGCCUUCCAAGAUUUGGGAGUUCAUGGGUUAGAAGCCGCCAUCCACGUUGCUAGUCCCUUCCACUACGACGUCAAGGACCCAAAGAAAGAUCUGAUUGACCCAGCGGUUCUUGGUACAACUGGAGUCCUCGGAGCUCUGAAGAACCUUUGUCCAACCGUCACACGCGUCGUCGUCACAUCUUCCUUUGCCGCGAUUCUAAACCCGGGACUGGCAUCACUUGGAGCGAAGAAAACUUAUUCGGAGGCCGACUGGAGUCCUCUUACCCUUGAAGAUGCCAACAAGAGCGGGGGCAUUGCCUACGUAGUAUCGAAGGUAAUGGCUGAAAAGGCAGCGUGGGAUUUUAUUGCCACGGAAAACCCGGCAUUCUCUCUCACUACCAUCAACCCUCCAAUGAUAUACGGUCCGAUCAAGUAUCCCGUCAAGUCCUUAGCCUCGGUCAACACUUCAAGCCAGCUACUUGCGGAUGUUAUUUCUGGAAAGCACAAGGAUGGCUUGCCUCCGACCGCGCUCCCACUCUGGGUCGACGUUCGCGAUGUGGCGCUGGCCCACGUCAAGGCCGUGGAAGAACCAGAUGCCGCUGGUAAACGCUUUCUAGUCACUGCUGGCCAUUAUAGCAAUGCUGAAAUGGGGAAAAUUCUCUACGAGAGCCUCCCCGAACUGCGGGAUAGAUUGCCUGAUGAGGAGAACAUGGGAGGAGCCCCAAAUCCAAACCUGCAGUCCUUUGGAUACGACAAUUCUCAAGCGACAAAGAUUUUAGGACUGGAAUGGAUACCACAUGAGAAGACGGUGAUUGAUUCAGCCAAGGCGAUGCUGGCAACUAAGUUAUAACCAGGGAGCUUCUGUUGCAGCGUUCUGUACACCAUCACCCAAGUUCGAGGGUAUUGUCCAUAGCGUAUGUAGAAAUGAAUCGCCGGAAUAUUCUAAGAAGAAAUGGAACUUCACAUUUAAUUCUACA